AUGCUGGCCAAGUCGCUCCCAGUUGCAAGACGUUCCCGACUAUUUCAUACUUCUCUGCCCACCUCUGUUCUGCAGCAGAAGCCUCUGCCAACCAGCGCUCCCAAGCGUGCAGUCCCAGAUCAUAGGAGCACCGAGCAGGAGGAGCUAUGUUCCCAGCCCACUCAGGAGGUCGCGAGACAAGAGGAGGUCAAGCGCAACCAGGUCGGCGUGCAGCUUCUCUCUCGCCAGCUGCACCAGCAGAUCUUCCGCAACAUAUCCUUCCCCUCUCCCGAGUCCUCGUACGUGCACAUCGCCCGGGAACACCUCAAAACGCACGGGCUCGACCCCGCACAAGGAUCCGUCCUUCCGAACACCAGCUUCACGCUCCCGCCCCUGCAGGGCCGCAAUCUCGACGAACACUUCCACGCUAUCGGCGCCAGCGCAGCGCAUCCAUGGCUCUCCCUCGCGAAAGACCUCGCUGGCGCGGAGCUCCCGCCGCGACCCGACCAUUGGAACAUGCAGGCGGGAUGGACGAGGUAUCUCUACCAACCGGAUGGCUCGAGCUACUACGAGCACGUUGAGUGUCCUGAGUUCAGCGGUCAGGCGGAGGAGAUGCUCGUGUUCGACGUGGAGACGAUGCCGGAGUACAGCCCGUAUGCCGUCAUGGCGUGCGCAGCGUCGAAGAACGCGUGGUAUUCCUGGGUGUCGCCGUGGCUCUUGGGCGAGACGGAGGAGAGCAAGCAGCUGAUCCCUAUGGGCGGUCGUACGGUGCCCCGUGUGGUGGUCGGGCAUAACGUGUCAUACGACCGUGGUCGCGUCCUGGAGGAGUACAGUGUCGACGGCACGCAGACGCGGUUCAUCGAUACCAUGGCUCUGCACGUUGCCGUGAAGGGUAUUUCAUCUCAUCAGCGGCCCGCGUGGGCGAAGUACCGGAAGACGAAGGAAAAGGCACAGCAGCAGAAGGAGGAAGCUAUCGAAGCCGUUCUGGAGCUCAUGCGCCAGGCUGAGGAGCGCCGACUCUCGGAAACCGAUCCCGCCAAGGUCGAGGAGCUCGGUCGGCUGCUACACGACUUGGAGGAGGGUCUGCCUUCUUUGCAGGCCGAGGAGUUUGAGGAGGCCGAGGAGGAUGAGAUGUCGUGCCAGCGCUGGGAGGACCUCACGUCCGCGAACUCACUCGCCGACGUUGCGAAGUUGCACUGCGACAUUGACAUGGACAAAGCGAUCCGCAACGACUUCAUGACGAGCACGAGGGAGGAGAUUCUCCAGGGCGUCCAGGACUACCUGAACUACUGUGCUGGCGACGUCGCAGUCACUCACGCUGUUUUCAGCAAAGUCCUUCCUUCAUUUCUCAACGCGUGCCCGAACCCUGUAUCUUUCGCUGGCGUGUUGACGAUGGGAUCAAGCUUCCUAACGGUCAACGAAAAGUGGGACACCUAUCUCGCCGAGGCCGAACGUACGUACAAGGAGUUGGAAGAGAAGGUGAAGAGACGGCUACAGGACCUGGCAUGCCAGGCAAAGGGCAUGAUGGACGACGAGAGUUGGAAGUCGGACGUUUGGCUCAGCCAGCUAGAUUGGACCCCUAAAGUCGCGGGCAAGACGCGAGGUGUCAAGGCCUCAACUGAUGUCCCAACCUGGUACGCUUCCCUCCUCAAGUCGGGCACAUUCAGUAGUGUGUUCCUGGGGCGUGUAAUGCCACUCCUGCUUCGCUCCAAGUACGACGGGGUACCCCUGCAGUACUCGGCGGAGCACCGCUGGCAUUGGCUUGUGUCUGGCGAGGUGUGUCGCCCCCUGAAGAUCGGCGGCACCGGUCGUAACAUAUUCGAAGUGUUUUCGGCGGUGUGCGGGUUGCACGGCCUGCGGCAAGGAAGAUUAGUGACCGAUGACGACGAGCUGGCGUUCGCCCUCUCGAGCAAGUACAAGUAUCAAUGGAUGACGGAGCGCGUCAUGGCUGUAGCAGAGAAGAUCGUGCAGAUGGACAAAAUCGAAGUCGAGAAGGACCCUUCGUUAAGGCAGCUGGACUGGACGCCCGUACGACCUCCGAGGAAAGCUCAUCCAACCUGCCAAGGCAUAAUUGAAGACGGCGUUACUUCGACGGAGGAGGUUACUUCUACGCCGAAAACCACUACACCGAAAACGACCUCGAAGGGGAGCUCCGUAGGCUCUGGUGCCGUGAAGUGGCCCAAGUGGUUUUGGGAUCUCGCGAAGCCGAAGAAGGACGCACAGCCGGGGACUCUCGACCUCACUGUGCGUAGUCGGCUCGCGCCGCUCCUUCUGCGUCUCUCCUGGCAGGGCUGGCCGCUCUUCCACUCUCGGGAGCAUGGGUGGACCUUCCGCGUCCCUCCCGACGCCGGCUUCGAGACUCGUGCGAAAUCGGUCGCUUUUCCAGUGGAGGCGGAUGCGCCGCUGCGGGCGAUGGCCGACGAGGGCUACAUGUUUUACAAGCUCCCGCACAAGGACGGCGACGAGGCCAACGUAGGGAGCCCCCUCGGCAAGACGUUCAUGAAGUACGCGCAGGACGGGACGCUGACGAGCCCGGGCGACGAGGCCAAGGACGCCCUCGACAUGAACGCGCAGUGCAGCUACUGGAUCAGCGCCCGCGACCGGGUCCUCAACCAGAUGGUCGUCUGGCAGGACGAGCGCGUCAAAGCGGGCCUCCCGCAGCCCGCCGAGGAGGGCAAGAAGUGGGGCAUCAUCCUCCCGCAGGUCAUCACGAUGGGCACAGUGACGCGGCGCGCGAUCGAGAAGACGUGGCUGACCGCGAGCAAUGCGAAGAAGAACCGAGUAGGGUCCGAGCUGAAGGCGAUGGUGCGCGCCCCGGAGGGGUACGCUAUCGUUGGCGCCGACGUCGACUCGGAGGAGCUGUGGAUCUCGAGCGUGAUGGGCGACGCGCAGUUCGGUCUGCACGGCGCGACUGCAAUUGGGUGGAUGACGCUCGAGGGGACCAAGGCGGCGGGCACGGAUCUGCACUCCAAGACUGCGAGCAUUCUGGGCAUCUCGCGUGACCAGGCGAAGGUGUUCAACUACUCGCGUAUCUACGGCGCCGGGAUGCGUCACGCAGUCUUGCUGCUGCUGCAGUCGAACGCCGGCAUGCUGCCCGAGCAGGCGCAGAAGCUCGCGCAGAACCUGUACGCGUCUACGAAGGGUAAGAACACCCACCGCGGUGAUCUGUUCGGACGCAAGUUCUGGUACGGCGGCACGGAGAGUUUCGUCUUCAACAAGCUUGAGGAGAUCGCGCUGUCGGACCGGCCGCAGACGCCUGCGCUCGGGUGUGGGGUGACGUACGCGCUAUCGAAGGAGUACUUGCCAGCGACGUUUGGUGACGACUACAUGCCUUCUCGUAUCAACUGGGUCGUUCAAUCCUCGGGUGUCGAUUACCUGCACCUCCUCAUUGUCUCGAUGGAGCAUCUCAUCAAGAAGUACAACAUCCAGGCGCGCUACCUCAUCUCCGUGCACGACGAACUGCGGUACUUGGUCAAGGAAGAAGACCGUUACAGAGCAGCGCUCGCGCUCCAAAUUGCCAACCUCUGGACGCGCAGCUUGUUCGCUUACAAGCUGGGCAUGGAUGAUCUCCCGCAGGGCGUGGCGUUCUUCUCCGCUGUUGACGUCGACAAGGUGCUGCGCAAGGAGGUCGAUAUGCCUUGCGUGACGCCGUCGCAGCCCAUCCCCAUCCCGCCGGGCGAGAGCUUGGACAUCGCCGAGGUCCUAGAAAAGACUGGUGGCGGCUCCCUUUGGCCCAACGGAGCGCCGAUGGUCGAAAAUGACGGUAUCCGCUGCGGGGGCGACCUCGUCGGGUAUCGUCAACCUGACUGUCUUGUCCACCGGGCAGAGAGCGCUGCGUGGCUGCGAGCGCAGACCAUCUCCGACGUCGAGGAGAUUAAGCAGCUCGCGAUGGAUCACAGGGCGAAGUUUGGAAACAACCUAAAGAAGACCAAAAGUAAGACUAGCAAGAAUGUUAAUGGGCUCAAGCGUCUGAAGAAGGUUCGGGCGCUGGGCGACGGGGACGGCGUAGACUGGAACAUCACUAUCGAGCAGCUGCUCAAGUCGUUGGACAUGCUUUCGUGA